AGUUAAUGACUUAUGAUUCAGAGGUCUUCAGUAAUUCAGGGCUGGACUGGAAAUAUAUUUUUUUAAUUGUCUUCACAAUCAUCGGGGAUAUUUUAUCAAGAAGAUGCCGAGGUCUUUUCUCGUGAAAAAGAACGCAAAGCAAGCUGCUUCGGGUUUGAAAAAGUUGCAACAUGGAAUUGCUACAACAGCAUACGAUCCAGGUGUUGUGUCAGUGGCAAGUUUCCCCGAAAUGUCGGUGGCAGCCCCCAUCAACAUACCGCACCCUGUCAUUCACAAGCCAGAACCUCUUCAAGCCAUUCCCAACCCAUCGGCCUACUGGCGACAUCAUCAAAACGUGAUCUACAGCCCGUCAUCGCCGUUCGAAGCCGAUACAUUCCCGCAUAUCCACAAAGGUUACAGCCCUCCUCCACCGUUCUCUCAACCACUUCACGCCCACCUCCCGCAACCCUCGCUGCACCAUCUCUUAACCCCGACACCGAUCAUCGAUGAUGAGAACAGGAUGAUCACUUCGCUGUCGCAACCAGCAUCGUCAUCACCCUCAUCAUCUAUCUCAACACCGACAGCAACAUCUUCAGCGUCCGCAAACAUCCCAGUGACACCCACCGGCUCUGCCACGACAGCGAAACCUGAGAAAGAGAUAAAAAAGAGACGCAGCAACAAGAACGGCGAAGACAGCACCAAGUACCACUGUCCCGACUGCGGGAAGGAAUACUCGACGUUCGGAGGGUUGAGCAAGCACAGGCAGCUGCACUGUGACGCCCAGAACAAGAAAACCUUCAACUGCAAAUACUGCGACAAGGAAUACAUGUCCCUGGGAGCCCUCAAAAUGCACAUCAGGACACAUACCCUGCCGUGCAAGUGCAAGUUCUGCGGAAAGGCUUUCUCGCGACCUUGGUUGCUGCAGGGUCAUAUUCGCACCCACACCGGCGAGAAACCGUUCUCUUGCCCGCACUGCCAGAGAGCAUUCGCAGACCGGUCAAACCUUCGUGCCCAUCUUCAAACCCACUCAGAAGUCAAGAAGUACAGCUGCAAGUCCUGUGGGAAGACUUUCUCCAGGAUGUCGCUCCUCAACAAGCACGAGGAGUCCGGUUGCAUCUCUUCAGGUAGUGACUGAUUUGAGGCAAUCCCCGAAGGAAAGAACUUAAAAACUCUCGUCACCAGACGGUCGGUGACAUAAAAUAAAAGAAACCGUCGCUGUACACAUUUGUAUUUAACCCAGAUAAUUUAUUACAAAAUAAGAAGAAAGUUUGUUCUAUGAUCUUGCCAGAUUUGAAAGAAAUUGGCUGAAAAGUUUCUAAGCAGCACUGAUUUAACAGUACCAAAAAGCAUCAUAUAGACUAAUUUAUUUUUAGACAUUGUUAAGGGAGAGAUAAAACACAAAUAUCUGAAACAUUCAGGAGAUAUAAAGGUUUUUCGAAGGUUUAAAAAGUCCUUCAUUGUUAAAUGAAAUAUUCAAUUCCUUGCCAUUGAACGAAUACAUCUAACCGACCCAAUUGUUAUUAUCUUUCAAAAAGAUGUAGUCCAUGGACUUCAAUCAAUGCAGAGGGCGCUAUAUCGUUUUAUAACCAGAGUUGACCACUGGCACAUACAUUGUGGGGAAGGGGGUGCCAAUGAGAAAUUUGGAACUGGCGAGUGGCGAGUGCUUGAUGGAUUGUGACAAACUGUACAAACUUGUUGUUCCGAUUUCGUUUAAGUGCUUUAUUUAUGUAAUAUAUAACUGUCAUUUAUGUGCCAUCAACAGUGAAAUUGUUUUAAAGACAUUCCAAUCUGCGAUUUUAUGUCGUACUUUCAAGUUCAUAAAGUUGGAAAACAACAAUUGCCUUCAAGCACACAUGUCGAAUCUUCGUCACUUGCAUGUACUCUUUCAUAUUAUUGACUGUAUGUUACCAUUGUGCACACUUGUCCUAACAAUUGUAGCGUGGUCAUGAUGAUAUUGUCAUGUUUUAGUUUAUCUAAUGUUAAAUUGGUUUAGGCCUAGAUAUUUUAGGUGCAAUUUGUCAUCAGAAUAGCUCAUUUCUCAUUCCUAAAAUAUUAUAUGUUAUACCUCCGCUGAAAGAAACAUACUUUAAGCAUUCCAACCGAGUUUCUAUCUUAAAGAAAGAUUUAUUUAUUAUAUCAAAUGAACAUAUACACAAUUUAUGAAUCAGUUUUCCUGUCAUAUACGUGUAAAUGUAGUAUGGUUCAUUUUGUUUGUUUAAAGAAUGAGUCAACAAGACUCUUAAAUUUGAUUUUACACAACAGUAACAAGCUGUUUAUUAGACUGGUCAAUUUCCCUUGAUAAAACAGUAUAAACGUUGCUCAUAGUUAGCUUUAAACAACAAAUCGUAUAUCUGAAUCAAUGAUAUUUCAUAUCUGUUUCAAACACUUGAAGGGAUAUAAAAAAAAACUGCCCAACUAAACAUAUCUUUGUUAAAGUCUGGAUAAACAGAUAAAUGUAUUUCUUUCUUUGUUUUUAAUUUCAACGUUUUGAACUUCCUUUACGUCAAUUCAAGUAUUGUGUUUUAAUUAUGGAAUAUAUAGGAAACAAUUACAAUAACAAAUGGAUUAAGGUUGAAAAGCACGUGACAUGAACGAGUCGUACGUGCUUCUCGGAAGCCUUGUAAGUGUUACGAUUGAUGUUUGUGACGUCAUUACAGUCCAAUUCCUUUUAAUAAGGAAGCCAUAAUUCCGGUCAAUAAAUGAAACUGGUGGAUUAACAUGGUUUUCUACAAAACACGAAAAAAAAAAAAAAAAAAAAGUGUUUCCACAAAGAGCAAAAGCAAUGUUUUAUUUAAUUUUGUUGGUAAAAGGUUCUUAAUGUUAAUAAACUUAACAUAUUUCAGAUAACAAAAACAUUCCAUGACUCAAGCAAAAACAUUGAUCUUCGUUUCAGCACGUUAAUUCACAAACCUCUCCGAUUCUUCGAAUACUAGACUAUUUAUUUUCUUCUCACUUUUGUUGUAAUUGAAAUUGUACUAAAUAGUGUUCACUCAUUGAGUGUUUUGAAGGGUAUUUGAGAAUUUUUAUUUUGUUGUUUCUAGUCCGUGUUCCAUUAAUGUUAUGAACAAAUUAAAUCACAUCGUGCCUUGUAAAGAUGCUAAUUUAUUAAAUUUAUUUCUGUUGAGUAUUUAUGAAAUUCUCUGUCUUUUGGUGGUUUUCUGCACAAUUAUUGUUUAAAUGAGGAAUAAU